AUGGAUGCCGCCGUGGAGUAUUUCGAGUGGUAUUGGGACAUUAAACACUGGAUUUGGGCGGCGAGAAGUGGUCAACCGGUUGCCAUUGGUGCUGAUCAAUUGCCCACUCCAAUCCACUUGGCUCCACAUUUGGCACAUGCCACGUUGCAAGUGGUCUGCUUUACACACUUGAUAUCAAAGGAAGACUUGCGCCCGCAUCUGGCGCGCUUCAUGGACAAGGCUAGUCAAAACUUAUACACCCACUUAUGGACACCAGACACCACGUUCGAAUCAUAUGCCGGCUUUGAGCCUUAUGUCUUGCAGUCAUCAUCGGCUCACAAGGUCCCAUAUAGCUUGGCUCUUUGCCCUUGGGAGUUCAAAACUCUGGCGGAUUACGGUACCUCACCCCUCAUUGGGAAGCCGCCCACAGCCGAGAGCCCAAGACGGUCAUUCGCAACUGUUGUACUGUUUCUGGUCUCUUCGUCUUGUCUACUGCGCUCCGUCAUGGGUCCACCUGUGACGCGGUCGCGCACUCAUUCGGCUGAUACUCGGGCGGUUGCCCUCUCAUCGGGAAUAGAUUCUGAAGUAUCCGCUUCGGACAACCUUGCGAACGUCUUGGCAGAUCUGGGAGACCGUGCUACUGUCGCAGUGGUGUUAGCCACCGCUGAGGUGGGCAGGGAUACCGUGGCCGAGACUACCCGGCUGGCGCAUAAAUGA